AUGUCCUGGCACUUCACGCCCUCUGUUCAAGAGGCCCACCUAACCCAAGAGCGGGUGGAUAACCUCAGUAACCUCUUUGCCACCAGUCUUGAGAUAUACUUCUCCCCUGACCCUAGCAAUGGCGCCGGAGCGCGAGGAGUUGCUUUUGUUGUAAAUAAGAGAAGGCUCGCGGGGAGGAAGUGUAAAUUUGAAGUGCUUGUCCCAGGACGCGCCAUACAGAUCGCAUACCCCUGGGCGGCAGAGAAGAUGAUAAAUGUCCUAAAUGUCUAUGCACCGAAUGCCGCGAACGAGAACGCGGGGUUCUGGGGGAAAAUUGGAGAGGCUUGGGACGCUGACGGGGGCGUAAAACCGGAUGUAAUGCUCGGCGACUUCAAUGUAGUGGAAAGCGCGCAUGACCGCUUCCCUGCCCACCCGGACCCCGCAAUUGCGACGGAGGCCCUGGCUGGGCUCCUACGCCGUAUGCAUGCGUGUGACUCAUGGCGCACGGCGCACCCCAACGAGAGGCUGUUCACCUACCGGCAGGUAGGGUCGGACAGGCAGUCCAGAUUGGAUAGAAUCUACGUGAAGCAGGCAAUGAUGCCGAAAGUCGCGGACUGGGCAAACGCGGGGCCCGGCCAAUUAUCGGACCACCAACUAGUACUUUGCUCUAUUGCAAACUACCACGCCCCGGUAGUGGGGAAAGGCAGGUGGUCCGCGCCCCUGUCUCUCCUAGAUGAUGAGAAAUUUGUUAGCACAAUGAAGAAGCUCGGCAGGGAGCUUGAAAUGAAACUCACCGACAUGGCACCGAGGAGUGUGGAGGUAAACCCGCAGGUCCUUUUCAGGGACUUCAAAACAGAGCUGGUGCUCGCGGCGCGGACGCGUGUAAAGGAAUGGGUACCUAGACUAGAUAAGAAGAUCGCGUACCUCAAAGACCAUAUUCGCUCUCUUCAAAGCUCUACGGUACCGAUCGAGGAGGAUCAGGCAGAACGCACCUCCGAAACCGGAUAA